AGGAAGUUAAAAGUCACAGACGUGUGACUUACACCCACCAGCACGUGGACGCAUUCAUAUUGACAACAAAUUGACUACAUUAGGGGGCUUUUAGAUGCUGAUCCAGUUACUCAACAAGAAAAGGCCUACUGAGCUCAUACAACCCCACCCACUCCACAACACACAGAUGUAGCCUCGGGAUAAAGACCUCACCUGUUCUGCUGUCGGGUCUUUUUGAGCUGGAAGAUGGCUACUGCAGCAGAUGACCCCCACCUGGGCUCCGGUCCUGAUGAUGAUGAAACAUCACUGUCAGGGAGCGACUCUGAUUCAGACAGCAUCCUCUCCGAUGACUCCGUGCUCCCAAACUACAUACCAAAAAGAGCAAAUGGGGGUCAAGUCAAAACACUUUAUGAAGCGUGUGCUCGUAAUGAACUUGUGUCUUUACAAAAAGUUAUGGAGAGAGGAGUCACAAGAGAGGAGGUCAUGGAGGUGGAUAUCAACGGUUGGAAUGGCCUGAUGCUGGCUUGCUGCAAAGGUUUUGUGGAUAUUGUUUAUGGGCUUCACAACUGUCCCUUUAUAGACAUCAACCACCAGGACAAUGAAGGCAACACAGCACUUAUGAUAGCAUCUCAAGCAGGUCACGUCAACACAGUCUUGUACCUCCUAAACUACUUUCCUGGGAUAGACACUGAAAUCAGGGAUUGUCGAGGUUUCACAGCCCUCAUCAAAGCUGCCAUGACUGGUCGCAAUGAUGUUGUAGCUGCCCUCAUCAUGGCUGGGGCUGAUAUACAUGCAACAGAUACCACAAAAGGAAAAUGUGCGAAGGACUGGGCACUGAAGACAGGCCGCUACGACACCUUGUUCCGAAUUCGACGGCUUAUGUUGCGGCCAAAAGCUGAGCAGUUCUGUGAGAGUUUUGUCCCUGAGUGGCCAGAGCUCAAAGAGAAAGUGGCCAAGGCCAUAGCUGAGAAAAGCGCCAGGGAAAAAAUUACCCAGCGGAUCAAAAACACCUUUGGAUUCAGAUUUCCGCGUGACCCUGAAGAUAAUGGAGUCCUGGACCACAUGGUACGCAUAACCACCAGUGUUCACAGUCCUCUGAUUUCAACUGGGUGCCGCCCGCUCUGCCCGACAAGUCCCCCUGCUGUUGGGAAGAGGAGAUAUGCAGUGCCAGAGCUGGUGAAGAAGCACCCCGAGCAGGACUUAGAGGAAACAUCAGUGUGCCACAGCAUCAGCUCUGUGUCUCACAUCAGUCCUUCCAUCCCGUCCUCAGAGUCCAUCGCCACACAGUGCUGUGCCAACACUGAGAGGCGGGGCAGCAUCCUCUCAUUGGCCUCAACCAAGGUUACCUCUACUUUUAUUCCUCGCAGUAUGGCCAGAAGAAACAGUGUAUUCCCCUCAGGCUGCAUCCCCCAAAUCAGUAUCAGUAGGCCCACAGAGGCAACACCGAAAAAAGACAAGAAGAGGAAGAAAGAUAAGACCUUCCUGGAACCACCAAAGUGGAAGUACAAGGAGAUCAGGGAAGAGAAAAAGAGGGAGAAAGAGAAAGAAAAAGAGAAGGGGAAAGACAAAGAGAAAAAGGAGAAAAAGGAGAAAAAGAAAGAAAAAGACCGUAAAAAAGCUAAAAGUAAGGGUUAAAAAGCAGCUCCUCGGAGUCAACCAAAGAGAUCAUCCCUUCAUUAGAGCAACAUGUAUUAAACUCAGGGUUUGAUACUUGAAACAUCAUAUCUUGCAAAUCGACAAUCUGAAGAGAUAUGGCAGAAUAUGAGAAAAGAUGGGAAAAUACCCAUGACUGAAUGACAGAGGAGGACGACAACAACAUGGAGCUGAAGUUUAUUUUUCUAUAAUAUGCUCAAAAUGUAUAAUAUGCAGAAACUAAAAAGCAAGAACAUACAAUGCUAUGAUCAUGUUAAUUAUUGUGUAGCCUAAUAAUUUAAUGCAACAGGUGCUGCAGUAUUUGUAUCUACCUCAUCAUUCAUUUAAAGGUACACAGUCUCAUAGUGUAUAUAUAUAUAUCCAUUACUUGUACAUGAUGUAAAUAUAGAAACACAUAGAUGUAAUAUUUGUAGUAUGAUUAUUAUCUGUCUGGGUUCUAGUAAAUGAUCAUUUGUAAACAGCGAGUAUCAGCUGUUUUGUAUGUACUGUAUGUUUCAUAGCUGCUAUACUUCAAUAUGGAGCAUUUGGUUUAUUUCUAACUUUCAAUGCCAUCUUCUGAUAUUGCCAAUAACAUAUUCAUAUGAUCUACUUUUAUUAACUCUGUGAGUGCUUGGAUUUGCAGUCAUUUGAGUGAGAUUAGGCUAAAUGUAAGGCAGUGAAUGGAGUCGGUUAAUUUUAAUAAAUCUAAUAAACUUUAAAACUGCA